UGCUGAGUAAGGAAGAGCAUGGUACUAUUGAUUGUCACCUAAGUUGCAUAAUUUUUAUAGGGUUGCCACCACCCACCAGUACCAAAACCCCACCUCUAUCAAUCACAAGCUAUCCUGGACCAUACAAAGCUUUUCUUAGAAAUUUUCGAUCAUCCAUCAUUUCUUUUUAUUCUUCUUGUUACAAAGUAUCAAUUCACAUUCAUGGAUAUAGUAUACAUGGUUAUAUAUAAAAUAUAUUAUACAUAGAGAGCUUAAAAUUAUUAAGAUAGGGAGACUGAAAGACAUGCUCACUUCUCAUCAGCUUCCAAGGCAUUUCAUUUCACCUGAUAUUAAAACCAUACAAUCAUCCCUUUCCUCUGAUCAACGCGGUACCCUUUUGCUUAUAAACAACAUCAACCUCUUCCUCUUCCUCUUCUUCAGAUUUCUUUCUCUUCUUCGCGUCCCUCGUUUCAAGGGCUAGACAUACAUCUUCAUCUUCAUCUUCACUUGCAGGAUCGAUCUUAAUCUUUGUGGUUUCAGGUUUUGAGGGUGUUCGGGGUGAUGGGUUUGAGUACCAAGCAAGUUUCUAGUGAUGGGCUCGAUUGGAGCCAGGCCAGCUUGUUGCAAGGUCAGACUUUUCAGCUCCCAAAAUCACCUUCUGCCAUGAGGAGGCAACAACAGCAACAACCUGAGCCUUUGAAGUGCCCAAGGUGUGAAUCUACCAACACAAAGUUCUGCUACUACAACAACUACAACAAGCAACAGCCAAGGCACUUCUGCAGAGCUUGCAAGCGGCAUUGGACCAAAGGCGGCACUCUCCGGAACGUCCCUGUUGGCGGUGGCCGCAAAAACAAACGCCUCAAGAAAUCAUCAAACAGUACUUCUGCCUCUGCUGCAGCCACAACAACCACCACAAACAGUGCGGCAAUUGAUCAAACAGAUCACCAACAGCAGAAACCCAUGUCUCAAGUUUUCUAUCAGGCGCUGCCUCAACAGAAUUUGGAUAAUACUAUCAUCUUUUCGUCCUCAUCAUCACCGGGUUUAAGUGCCAGUACUCUGCCUUUCCUUCAUCAGAGUGGAAACUUGAGCUUUCCCUUCUCAAGCUCAAUUAGCACCACUUCAAGUUCCUUUGACACAAACUUGUCUUCCAUCUCAACAUCUUUGCAAUCCUCAAAUGUUUAUAACUACGCCACCGUGGCAGCCGAAGAUCAAUUCAAAGCCAUGGAGGAGCCAACCAUUACAAGCAUCAUGCCCAACAUUUCUCAGCCUAAUUGGAAAGUGCCCACUUCAAGCAACGCCAUGGAUGUGUACUCAAACGACUGGAACUGGGAAGACAUUGAAACCCUUGUUUCUACUGAUCUCAAUCUGCCUUGGGACGGCUCUGAUAUAAAACCAUAAGAGGAAUUAGGUUUCUGUUUGAAUUGGGUGUGUUCACAGUUCAUGAGGCAGGGGAAACAGUCUCUUUCUUCUCUUAAUGUCAUUGUCAGUUUGUCACAGUUUCUACUUGACCAGGUGAUAAAUAAUUUCUGCUAGUUAUGAGAUUUAUGCAGAGAGAUGUAGACUGUUUGAAGCUGUCUUUUUUUCUUCUUUUUAUUUAUUUAUAGGUUUUUCUUCUUAAGAAUUAAGAUGUCCAUUAAUUUGUAACUCUUUCCAGGGCUCUUUCAUUUCCAUUAACUUGAUGGAAGGUGCCAUUUUUAUGUAUGUAAAAGUAGGUUUCCUGAGUUUGUUCGUCAUUACAAUAUGAAUGAAAAUUGAUAGAGUGUAAGUGAGUGCUUUGUGAUAGGGAAAUGGGGUCUCCUACAGCAGGGCUGACAGACAGACAGAAGAGAAUGAGAUGGAAGAUUCUUGUGGAUAUCCAUGUAAUCUAUAAGUGAGUGCUUUGUGAUAGGGAAAUGGGGUCUCCUACAGCAGGGCUGACAGACAGACAGAAGAGAAUGAGAUGGAAGAUUCUUGUGGAUAUAUAUGUAAUGUAUAUUUGGAUAUCUGAAUUAGAUUACAUGGAUUUGUUUGCCCAUAUUUUAUGAUCACUGGUUCAGAAUCAUGCUUUGCUUCAAGUCCCGACAGAAAAUUGUGGUUGUAAAGUAAUUUUCCAAACAUUAUUUUUGAUGUUCUUACAGGACAGUAUGCUGGAAAAUGUGUGAAUCUGUUUCAUAUUAUUUGAUCCUUCAAAAAGCUCUUUCUUUGAUCA